CUACUCUGAACAUAUCCAUAAGAAACAAAUUGUGUUGUGAUUAUUAAAUUAGAUUUCUAUUCAGAAGAUGUCCAAAAAAUAUCUGCACUAGGUAGGGCCGUGUAGCAGAUACAAGUUACAUUACAAGGAAGGUAGCAGGCAAGAAAAAUCAAUUGUCUCCAAAUAACAGUAGAUUGUACGAGCUACAUUCUACAACGACGAGCCUAGAUAUUAUUAAUCGACCCAACCAGCUGGGCAUCAGCAUUUUACCUAUUCAAUCCUCAGCUGCCUUUCGAGCUGUGCCGAUUCGAAGCUCGUCAACACCGAUUGCCUCAAGAAAAAUGAAGGGUCAGUUUGAGGAUGUAGCUGAUUACGAGCAGGUGGGAACAGAUGGAAUACAACGAGUAAAAGUCAUCUGUCUAGGCGACAGCGCCGUUGGAAAGUCCAAGCUUGUAGAGCGAUUCCUUCUCGAUGAAUAUAAAACCAGCCAGCUGUCAACCUAUGCACUGACUUUGUUCAGGCAUAAGACAAACGUCGAUGGAACGGACGUGGCAGUUGAUUUUUGGGACACUGCAGGCCAGGAGCGGUUCCAGAAAUUGCACGCUUCAUAUUACCAUCAGGCCCACGCGUGUAUUUUGGUAUUCGACGUUACCCGCAAAACGACCUACAAAAACCUACAACGCUGGUACGAAGAACUUCGAAGGCAACGACCCUCGAUCCCGUGCAUUUGCGUAGCCAAUAAAAUCGAUGCUGACUACGACGUCACGCGCAAAAAAUUCAAUUUUCCCGCCAAGAACCAAUUGCCCAUCUUCUACGUGUCAGCGUCUGACGGCACGAACGUAGUCAAACUCUUCAACGAAGCGAUUCGAGCCGCCGUUCAGUACAAGAGAAACCCGACAGAUUUUGUCGACAGCAUCCUUGAGGAACUCGAGGCAUUGCCAAGUGAUAACGAUAACGAAGACAGUACAUCAAAGUGACCAGGCAACCUGAUUAACUAAAUACAACGAUAACAUUGCUGCGACCAUUACUUCUGGUACUAUUGACUGUGGGCACCUAUUCUGCUGUCAAAAAUAAUAGCGCAUCCUAGCUAUCAUCGAGCGUACGAUUUUAUUUACCUGCUGGUUAAUAUAACGGAAUAGGCUUUGUCGAAUAAAUAUGGGUCGGUAAUGUGCCCCGUUCCCCAUGACACAUUACACUUACGAAGCACACAAAUACCUUUACUUGAUAGUGGAUAGCCAUGUGUGUCAUUACCAAAUUAAGCAAAACUUCAAAAGCUGUCACGCAUAGGUUCAGAGAGAUACUUGCAGCUCAAAUUCCGAUAUUCAUGCUGGACAGAACGAAACAGCGCGACGAGAAUUGACAAGUGUUCAGGAAACCUCUCGCCAUGGGGGUCGUAAAAAAUAGAAGAGGACUGCAUACGGUCGCUUUAAAUGGAUUCAAGGAACUAAGUGUCUUAAAAGAGGAGCCUUAGAUUUCCCCGUUAGCGUGACAAAAGGAUGGCAUUGACGCCGAUCUGUAUCUAUAUAAAAGUACAAUAAACGUUCUCUUGCAAUAGAAC